UGUGCCUGGGGCCCCGCGCCGUGUGGAGGCCGGGACUCGGGAGCUCGGGUCACGGGCAGGCUUUAUCGAGCUCCCCCGCUUUGUGCCCGGCGCUCCGCGGGAAUGAAGGAUGGCAGCACGCCGUGCGUUAAAAGCUGUUUUGGUAGAUCUCAAUGGCACACUUCACAUUGAAGAUGCAGCUGUGCCAGGCGCCCAGGAAGCUCUUAAAAGGUUACGUGGUACUUCUGUCAUGGUUAGGUUUGUGACCAAUACGACCAAAGAGAGCAAGCAAGACCUAUUGGAAAGGUUGAGAAAAUUGGAGUUUGAAAUCUCUGAAGAUGAAAUAUUCACAUCUCUGACGGCAGCCAGGAGUUUGGUAGAGCAGAAGCAAGUCCGGCCCAUGCUGCUAGUUGAUGACCGGGCACUGCCUGAUUUCAAAGGAAUACAAACAAAUGAUCCUAAUGCUGUUGUCAUAGGAUUGGCACCAGAACAUUUUCAUUAUCAAGUUCUGAAUCAAGCAUUCCGGUUACUUCUGGACGGGGCGCCGCUGAUCGCCAUCCACAAAGCCAGAUAUUACAAGAGGAAGGAUGGUCUCGCCCUGGGGCCUGGACCAUUUGUGACUGCUCUAGAGUAUGCCACAGACACCCCAGCCACAGUCGUGGGGAAACCGGAGAAGACGUUCUUUUUGGAAGCAUUGCGAGGCACCGGCUGCUCACCCGAGGAGGCCGUCAUGAUAGGAGACGACUGCAGGGACGACGUUGGUGGGGCCCAGCGUGCCGGCAUGCUGGGCAUCCUGGUGAAGACCGGGAAAUACCGAGCGGCAGACGAGGAGAAAAUCAGCCCUCAUCCCUACCUCACUUGCGAGAGCUUCCCGCAGGCCGUGGAUCACAUCCUGCAGCACCUGCUGUGAGCCACUGUGGGAACCGAACCCGGAGCAACUGGAGACGCAGUCUGGAUGGGUCCCUCACCGGUCAGCGCCAGGGUCCCUCAGGGCUGAUCUCAGAGCUGAUCGGGUCUUACCCCUCUUUUCUUGUGCAUUAAUUAGAAAGAAAGGUAUUGAAUUGCAGCCAGCCACUAAGCCUCGCUAAUCUCUUUUGUUUUAUUUUGUAAAAGAAGACACAAAGAAAGGGAAAGCUGAGAUUUUGUGCCAUUCCUUUUAAAAUAUUCAUCAGGAUGGGAGGGCCGGGAGGGGAGCCACUGUGAGGGCUGGUGGGCUGCUGUCUCCUUGCUGGUGGAUCAGGACGGGCUGCCUGUGAAUAAAGCUGAAUGGUGGUUUGUAAAUUAUGAAGUGAUGCGUUGAAAGGUGCAUUGUGCUGUAGUUUGGAUAUUGAAUUCCACUGUGAAAUCCGUCAGCAGGGCCAACCGGAGGACAGGGCAGGCACAGCAAGAUGAAUUGUCUGUAGCCCACGUGACCCAGCGACUCUGCUUUUCACAGAUGUUGAAAACUAGAUUUUCUACUGUAUCCCCAGCACGAGUGACUUCUUUUUCUCUUCAUUAGCCAGAGAUGACUAAUUUAAAUUUAGAGCCUGAUUUUAAUUUAAUAUUUCCAUUAAUAACCUAUUCAUUGCAGAUACCUAUUAUACUGUGUAACAGUUGUUUUGGAAAUUUUAUGUAAAAUUAAAACUAUCAGUAUUUUACAGAUGUUUUAAUUAGACAUUGUUAUUAACAGGAACAGUGCAGAAACUAAAAUCAAGCCUUUAAUGUCUUACAGACCAUGCAUUUUUGAAGUUAGUGUCCUCCAGGGUCCUAUUAACUGUACAUUUGCAAGAUUUCAUUAUUUUUGCCUCUGACACUAGGGGAAAAAUAUUUUAGAAGCUAUUGGGACAGAUUCGUGCUUUUAUGGACUUGGUUACCACAGCUGUAAAAUGAAACCUCGUCUUGCAGCGUGGAUUCUUCUUCUCAUGGUAAACUGGGCCAAAUGAAGGGCACUAAGUAAGUAAUGAUCUUCCUAGUGCAUCUGCGUACUGUGAUAAUCCUGGCCUUCGCGGUGCUGACGGGGCUCUUGGGCUCUGAAUUAUUAGAAUGUAAUUGUGCAUCAUUGUAGCGCUCACCUUAUUGAAGCUCACACUGAUGGUAAUGAGCUUUGGGUUCUGACGCUUGUUUAGAGAUCAGCGUGGACUCGCGUAGAAGGGAGCAAAGCUAAUAAAUGGUAGUUCGGUGAG